ACUGCAGCUGCUGCUGCCUGCUCGUGGCCGCGUCUUCCUGGAGGCGACUGCUGGAAGCUUUAGGGAGCAGCUGCGGUGCUCUGCCAUAUUGUGUCUUCCCUGCCCGGUCCCUUGCCUCCCGGCCGGUUGGCCGAGCUGACGGUGAGUCCGGAGCGGAGCUGUGCCCUCCUGGGUCGGCGCCGCCCGCAGUCGGCGCUCCCCGCCUCAGCCCGCGGCGCAGCUCCCGGGCGCGGAGGCAGCGCGAGCGACCCGCGCCAGGCGUGGGGCGCGUAGGCGGCUGUCCCGUGACGCGCCCGGACAUUUUUGUCCCAUGAGGAAUUUGCGCCGGCGCGGGGGUGUCCCCGGCGCGCGUAUCGGGUGGUGUGUGGGCUCCGGGGGAUGUCGAACUGAGGGGAGUGUGGCUUGUGAGGAGUUAGGAGUUUUUCUUGAGAGUUGGUUGAAUCCAUGGAUACAGAACCCACAGAUGGAGAGGGCUGACUGUACAAGUCUGUCAAAAAACCAAAGUGCUGGUUGGCUAAUAAUUGGUCACUGUGUGACUUAUAGUACAGGUGAUAUUACUUCUGAUUCUAGAUGCAGCAUGGUGAACCACGUACCUGGAUCAAGGUACCAAGUACCUUCAGCUUUCUGCUGAAAACAACCUAAAAUGCUGGAUAAAAUAAAAUCUUAAAUGCAUCAGUGCUCUGGCGCAAAGGGGAGAGUACUUAGGGCAGGCUGAGUUCUGAACCUGGCUAUUACCUUGAGGAUAUUUGCCAAAUCAGAACUAUAAGAGUAAAUGGGUCCAGUAAUUGGAAUGACUCCAGAUAAGAGAGCUGAAACCCCAGGAGCUGAAAAGAUUGCAGGAUUAAGCCAGAUUUACAAAAUGGGAAGCUUGCCUGAAGCUGUUGAUGCUGCCAGGCCAAAGGCCACUCUAGUGGACAGUGAGUCAGCAGAUGAUGAGCUCACAAACUUGAACUGGCUUCAUGAAAGUACUAAUCUUCUAACAAACUUCAGCCUCGGAAGUGAGGGUCUUCCAAUUGUUAGUCCAUUGUAUGACAUAGAGGGAGAUGAUGUGCCAUCCUUUGGACCAGCUUGCUACCAGAACGCAGAAAAAAAAUCAGCAACUUCAAAGCCCCCAUACUCCUUUAGUCUUCUCAUUUAUAUGGCUAUUGAGCACUCUCCAAAUAAAUGUUUGCCUGUCAAAGAAAUUUAUAGCUGGAUUCUGGACCAUUUUCCAUAUUUUGCUACUGCACCAACAGGCUGGAAGAAUUCUGUUCGACAUAAUCUGUCCCUGAAUAAAUGUUUUCAGAAAGUGGAAAGAAGCCAUGGCAAGGUUAAUGGAAAAGGUUCCUUAUGGUGUGUUGAUCCGGAAUAUAAACCCAAUCUUAUCCAGGCACUGAAGAAGCAACCCUUUUCUUCAGCAUCUUCGCAAAAUGGUUCUUUAUCACCUCACUAUUUAAGCUCUGUACUCAAGGAGAACCAGAUGCGAACCCUCAGAGAAUCUGAUAUCGAUGCUGCUGCUGCAAUGAUGCUUUUAAAUACUUCUAUAGAACAAGGAAUUUUAGAAUGUGAGAAACCUCUUCCUCUUAAAACAGCAUUGCAAAAAAAGAGGAGUUACGGCAAUGCAUUUCAUCAUCCCAGUGCUGUACGAUUACAAGAGAGUGAUUCUUUAGCCACCAGCAUUGAUCCAAAAGAAGAUCACAAUUACAGUGCAAGUAGCAUGGCAGCACAGCGUUGUGCAUCCAGGUCUAGCGUGUCUUCCCUGUCUUCUGUAGAUGAAGUAUAUGAAUUUAUCCCAAAGAAUAGCCAUGUGGGAAGUGAUGGCAGUGAAGGAUUUCACAGUGAAGAAGAUACAGAUGUUGAUUAUGAAGAUGAUCCUCUUGGAGACAGUGGCUAUGCAUCACAGCCUUGUGCAAAAAUCUCUGAAAAAGGGCAGUCAAGCAAAAAGAUGCGAAAACAGACAUGUCAAGAAAUUGAUGAGGAGCUCAAAGAAGCAGCUGGAUCUCUGCUCCACCUUGCUGGAAUUCGUACAUGUUUAGGUUCCCUAAUAAGUACUGCAAAGACGCAAAAUCAAAAGCAACGGAAAAAAUAGAAAUACUUAAAGUGUGGCAAUACUCUUUCACUUAAUUCUUUACAAGGGAUAUCAAAGCCAUAAUGGACUUCAUUAGUUUUAGGGUAGGGAAGGGAUACGAAUUACUUAUUUCUUUCAAAACAUUUUUGGUUUUUGGUUUUUAAAAUUUUUAUUAAACAAUUGCUGUUAGGAUCAUGCCUGAUCAGAAAUAUAUGAUGUGAAGUCCUGAAAGCAUAAUUUUUGUGGUAAGUGUCUCCAAGAUUUGGAAAUUUUUGUAUAAGAAAAUCCCCAGCCUCUGUCUUAAACUUGUGGGACAAAAAUCCUUUCUUCUGUUAAUAUGUCAGAAUGUAAGAUUUGGCAACCCUAUAAAUGUUUUUCAUUUUCUUUUCCAAUCUGUAACUAUAGUUACUGAACCAGCUAAAAAUUUUGCUAAUGUACUUUUCAUAUACUUCUCUCCUGACACACAAUCCGGUAACAUAAGAUUGAAAUUUUUUUACUUUGUUUUAAUUUGUUUUUAAUUUUUUGUUGUUGUGGUGGUGUGGGCAAAGACAAACAUAAAUUGAAAAACAUCCUGAUGUUUAGAAAAAGUUUCUUUUGGUUACAUAGGUAGAGAAUGCAACAAAGAGUUCUAAGGUUUAGAAAAGACAAUUUUGUGGUGUUAUUUCAUCCAAGAACACUCCCAAUUCCUAUUACAAUGGUAGCUUUGAAGUGUUUUUACUUCACAGAUACUGCAUAGCAUUUAUUGGGGCCUUUUAUUCUUGCCCAAAGUGCGUUGCAAACAUUAAGUUUUAGCCACUAGCUGCCUUUGUUGAGUAUAAGUUAUCCAAUGAGAGGAUAUAGCCAAUUAAGUGUGUUAUGGAGUACACCCCUUUUGACACACUUGUAAUAAGAGAAUCUUUCAUUUGCCUGCCACAUGUACUGCAUUCUGAGAAUCUUGUAAUAGGAAUGGAGUGUAAUGAAACAUUCUGAGUACUAAUUGCAUAUGUAUCAUAAAGUAGGCCAUUUAGGAAAAAACUUCUGUCCAAGCUUUGUAUGAAUUAAAUUUAUAAGUAUAACAAAUUAAAUCUUAAUAGAUUUGAUGCAAUUUUACAAACAAAAUUACCUUCAUGAAUUUCAAAAUUCAUAUAAAAUUAGAUCUUAUGCAAUACACCCUUUUGAGGAGGCAGUGUAAUAACCUAUAGUGCCAUUGAUCCAUGAGAAAAAGAUUUUCUGCUACUACUCCAAAAGUGCUUUGGCUGAGUAUCUUAUUUGAACAGUCUGCUUAUAUGAGACAGUUUUUCAUAGUAUCAUUUGUAUAAUUUGAUUAGAUUAUUCAGAAACAAUAGGAUGCUAAACUACAUUUAUUCGUUGUAUCUUUUUUUUUUUUUUUUUUUUACAAUGAUGGAAGCAACUUUCCAGAAGUUCAGUCUUAUGCUACAUCCUAAGUCAUAGACAAUGACCUUGUUUUCAUCAUUCUGAUAGAUUGUAUACAUAUGUACACAUAUAUAUACACACACAUGCACAGUCAAGGUCAUGAUGUUGAUUUGCUGUUUUCAGCUGUUUCUAUGAUUAUAAAGCAUUUUUUAAGAGACAGAUAUUUUAACUUUUAAUUUUUAUUUUGGCAAAACUGUCAAAUGAGAAAAAUGAUUUUAAAAACUUUUUUUUUUCAAUUGACAAGACUUUAAGUCAGGGAUAACAGUAUUAAUGUUCUCUGUUCUGUUUCCAUGUUUAAUUUAACCUGGAUAGCCACAUUAAUGAAUUGGUGCUAUCAAAAUAUAGUAAUUUUUAAAUUUGUUAAUAAUGAAAAAUAACCCUUAAGCAUGCAGGAUGAGGUAUUUGGGUUUUUUCUUUAUAUCGAUCACAUCUACAGAAAAUGGCUAAACCAAGUUAACUUUUAUUAUAGACAGUGAAUAAAACACCAAAAACCCAAAAAUGCUUUAACCACAGUGUAAAUAAUAAAGAGAUUACACACAUCAUUUUAAUAACUGUUUUUAAGUUUUUACCAUAGCCUUCUGGAUAGACCUUAGGAACAGUGUUUCAGUAAUCUGGCACCAAUUUAUUUUGUUCUGCUGAAAUUCUGUAUCACAAAUGUGCUACCUGGUUUCUGUCCAUAAGAUAAUUACUCUUUCUUUAUAAGAAAAGGAAAGUGAUCUAAGAGAAGCAGAGUUAGUUCCAGCUCUAAUAGGGAUCUUCAAAGUUAUUUUGUCUUGAUGUAUGUAACAGUAAUUCUUUACAUCUUUUGAUUUUUCUCUUCCUUUUUAUUCACUCUUCCCACGAAUUUACAUGUUUAAGUUAUAUUCAUCACUAGCAAGGACGAUAAACACUUCUGCACUGAAAGCUAACAGGGAGAGAUUACUCAAUAUUUUACAGUUUCUUAAACUUAAUUUAGUGCAUCACCUUCCACUUGCUAACAUACCAAGCCAGUUAUUUUCCAGGGGAAGCACCUUUUAAAUUAUGGUCCUCCAGUUACUACUUCCAUUGAGAUCAUGCUCUCAUUCCUCAGGUGUUUUGAGAAACAUGACUAAUAACCAUAUAAUUAAGUAGAAUCAUUCCAAGUCCUAUGGCCUGGAAAUUGUAUUCCCGAUAAUACACAAGUUUUCCUGUAAUAAAGUCAAUUUAGAAACUCCAAGGUGAUUACAUGUUUUCCAACAUAUCCUAAAACUGUGGUAUAAGCUAACAUAUAUUUUGCCUUACGUCAAAAGAAUAUGUUUUGUUGCAGCUGAUUCCAGUUUAUAAUAGAUCCCUAGUAAAAAGCUUUGAUUCAGCACGAUUGUUCAUCUUCACAUCCCAAACAGAAUCAGUGUUCCUUGAAUAUAUAUUUUUGAAGUUUUUUGUGCAAUAUAUUACUAAAUCAGUUAUUAUUUUACUUUUCAAAUUCAGAGAAAGAAAACAGAUUACCUGAAUUCAUGGAAAAGGUGGAUCACCUCCCUUUUUCCACCUUCAAAGCUUUUCCUGUCCUCAUAGCCAGCAUGACUUCUUUUAACUUGGAUUCCUUUGUAUAUAGUAAAGUUUAGUAUAUAUAUUUUUUCUUUUGCUACUUUUGGAGGCAUUAUGUAAAGGGCUCAUACUAGAUGUUCAGUUAAAUAUGCUUUAGCACAAAGUCAAACUAGAGAAUGUGUUAAGGAGGGAAUGUAUGUGUCUUGGUAGACCAGGAGGCCUUUCCCAGCAAUUUAAGCAACAGAUGUGAAUACUUCACAAAGCUGUAAAGACCAUUGUCUUAAAUACUGCAACAACUUAACACCCUUUUGUGAAGAUCAUAGCAUUUAUCUAAGAAACUUUGAGGCUUUCUGGUUUACAUAUAUCUUACAGGUUUUUUUUUUUAGUUUGAAAUGUGUAAGCUUUGAUUUAAACCAAGUUUACUUCAGUAUGUUAAUGAUGUAGUAAAAAUAUUUAUUGAAAGGCGAAUUAGAGUAUUUUAAUGUUAUACCUGCCAUUUUUUUUCUUAAAGCAUAUUCUUUGCAUCUAACUGCCAGUGCCAUUAUCAAAACUUAUUUUUUAAAUCGUUGUACAUUUCUUAUUAAACUAAGUGCUUAAUUUUAAAGUAUUAUGUUGCCAUCAUAUAGUGUAUAAAAAUGUAUAAUUGCCAAUUGAUUGUUAACUAUUAUUUAUUUUUAAAUGAAAGUGUAAGAAUGCUUUCUGAUUCAACAAAUUUGUUAUCAAACUGUUUCAUUAUCCUCUUUUCUGAUGUAGCAUAAAAAUUGUCCCGGUUUGAGUUAUAACUGCCAGUAGAUGACCAGUCACAAGUGAACCACUUUUCAGUUGCCAGUCUUUGCUCAUAUUAAAAACAACUUACGAAUGCUUAGUUUUUGUAUCUAAUCUCUGAUUAUUAAAAUGUUUAUAAAGUUUAUUUUUACCAAAGAGAUGCAAUUCAUUAUGACAAAGUAUUGCAUAAUAAAUUUUUUUUAUAACAUU